AUGGUGGCAGUAGAGAUGCUUGAAAAGGAAGGCGAGAUCGUUGAGGAUUCAUUGGUCACUGACCAAGCUCACGACACUUCGCCAGAAAAACAAUCGACAUCUGGUGCUGCUUCUCCUGAGGCUCCUAAAUCAGCUCUCGUUAAAGGCUCCAAGCAAUCCAGGAAGGCCGAAAUGAGAAAUAAACGCGAGAAGAAAAAGGAGGCCAAGGCAGUCAGUGCCAACCGGCAAUCGAUCCAAGUGAAGACCAUGGAUGAGUUUAUCAAGGAGUUGGAGUUCGCCAAGGUAAAGAAAGAUCUGAUGGCACACUUUGCAAAGAUGGAGGUCUCACCCCCACAAGAA